AUGGCCUCCUUCGCCUGCCCGAGGCGGCCGUCGGGUCUGCCCAAGAUGGCCGCCUGCCCCCUCUGCCCACCGCAGCUCAAGAUGGCCGCCCCCCAUGGCAGCAUCCGCCAUGGAGGCCGCUCUGGACCCUCAAGACCCCGCCCCGAGGCGAUCGAGACGCGGGUCCUCCGCGGCGGCCGGAAGGGCCGGAAGCGCCGCUCCGGGCGGCCGGAAGUGGCGGCUCGGCUGCUCCGGGCCCUUCACGUGGGGCAGCGGCGGCUCCGUCAUGGCGGCGCCCGAGCUGGAGCCGCUCCUGGCCGAGCUGCUGGAGCCCGACAGCGGCCGCGUGCGGCGGGCCACCGCCCGCCUCCGCGAGGCCUUCGCCGACCCCCAGACCCCCGCCCGCCUCAGCCUCCUGCUCACCGCCUCCCCCCGGCCCCAGGUGCGGCAAAUGCGGCGGUGCUGCUGCGGCGGCGGCUCCUGGGACGUUGGAGCCGCCUGGACCCCGCCCUGCGCCAGAGGCUCCCGGCGCUGCUGGCCGAGGCCCUGGAGCGGGAGACGGAGCACCCGGUGACGGUGGCCCUGGCCCAACUGGCCGCCCUGGUGCUGCGCCGGGGGGGUCUCGGCGCCUGGGGGCCCCUGGGCACCUGGCUCCAAGCGGGGGCCCGGGACCCCCGGCCCCCCCGGCAAGAGGCAGCGCUGCUGGUGCUGAGCGCGGCGGUGGAAGCGGCCCCCGAGGCCCUGGCGCCCCACGGCCCCCCCCUCGCCGCCCUCUGCCGGGGCCUCCUGGGCCCCACGGCGGCCCCCGGCCCCACGGCCUACAGCCUGCGGGCCCUGGGGGGGCUGGCGGCCAUGUUGGGCGACGGCCACACGGAGCUGCUCCGCUCGCUGCUGCCCGACGUCCUGGGGGGGGUCGAGAAGCUCCUCGACGCCGACGAGGCGCUGGCGACCGAAGCCCUGGAGGUGCUGGACGAGUUCCUGGAGGCCGAUCCGGCCGCCGUCACCCCCCACCUGCGGCCCCUGCUCGACCUCUGCCUCCAGGUGGGGGGGGCGGCGACGCGGGGUGACGCCGUUCGCGCCCGGGCUUUGGCCACCAUCGCUUUCGUGGCCCAGCGGUGCCCCAAGGCGCUGCUGCGGGGGGGGCUGCUGCCCCCGCUGCUGCGGGGACUCCUGGGCCCCCUGUGCGCCGCCCCCCCCCCCGGGCGCCCCGACCCCGAGGACGAGGAGGACGAGGACGAGGAGGAGGAGGAAGGCGGCGAGGCCGAAGGCUCCGGCGGCCCCAGCCCCCGGCACGCCGCCGCCCAGGCCCUCGACGCCCUGGCCCAGGCGCUGCCCCCCGAGAAGCUGCUGCGGCCCCUGCUGCCGCUGUUGGAGCCGCUUUUGGGGAGCCCCCGGCCCCCCGCCCGCAAGGGGGGUCUCCUGGCCCUGGGGGCCCUGGCCGAGGGUUGCGGCGAACACCUGCGCCGGCGGUACCUGGGACCGGCGCUGCGGGUGUUGCGGGGGGGCCUGGGCGACCCCGAGGCCUCGGUGCGGGGGGCGGCCGCCUGUGCCCUGCGCCGCCUCGCCGACUGUCUCCAGCCCGAGGUGGCGACGCUGGCGGGGGAGAUGCUGCCGACGGCGCUGGCGGCCCUGGAGGGCCCAGGCGUCCGGGAGGCCCCGGCCAAGGCGUGGUACAUCCUGGAGAGCCUCCUCGAGUGCCUCGGCGAGGACGUCGCCCCUUUCCUGCCCGCGGUGCUGAGGGUCCUUCUGGGGGUCCUGGACCCCCCCGGCCCCCCCCGGAGCCUGGAGCUGGCGCUCAGCAGCCUCUGCACCCUCGCGUCGGGGGCCGGGGAGCAGCUGCAGCCCCACGCGGGGCCGAUCCUGGCGGCGCUGAGCCCCCUCCUGCGCCCGGGGCCCCCCGAGAGCCGUCCCCGGCGCCUCCAGGCCCUCGAGGUGCUGGGGGCUCUGGGCCCCGGGGCCGGGCGGCAGCUGGUGCCGGCGCUGGAGCUGGGGCUGGAGCUGGCGCUGGAGGAGGACGAGCCCGAGGGCCGGCGCGUGCUGUACGGGCUGGCGGCGGCGGCGGCGGCGGCGCUGGGCGACGGGCUGGGCCCCCUCCUGCCCCGCGUGGUGCCCCUGCUGCUGGGGGCCCUGCGGCGGCCCCCCGCCCCGGCGGCGCCGGCGGCGCCCGAUUCGUUCCUGCUCUUCGAGGACGGCGAUGAUGCGGACGAGGGGGCGGAGCCUAUGGAGGAGGACGGCGAGGAGGAGGAGGAGCUUCUGGAAGUGGAGGUGGGCGGAGCCUACGCCCAGGAGCUGGAGGAGGCCUGCGAGGCCCUGGGGGAGGUCGCCGAGCACUGCGGCGCCGCCUUCCUGCCCUACGUGGAGCCCAGUCUGGAGGCCAUGUUGGAGCUGCUGCAGUUCCCGCAGGCGGGGGUGCGGGGAGCCGCCUACACCAGCCUGGGCUGCCUGUGCGUGGGGCUGUACCCGCCGGGGGACCCCGGGCCGCACCAUGACCCCGCGCGUCAGGCGGCGGCGGGGCGGGCGGCGGGGCCCUGGCCGGGGGGCGGGGGCCGAGCAGGGGCCGGGGGCGGCGGGGGGGCCCUGGGGGCCCUGGGCCGGGCGGAGGCGGCGGCGGAGGUGCGGGAGCUGGCGGGGGAGGUGCUGGUGGCCCUGGCCGAGGCCGUGGGGGGGGAACUGGCCCCCCACCUCGACGAGCUGCUGCCGCUCCUGCUCGCCCGCCUGGAGCCGCGGUGCAGCGUGGGGGAGCGCUCGUGGGCGGCGGCCACGCUGGCGGGGGUGGGCGGGGCGCUGGGCGUGGCCUCCGCCCCGCUGCUGCCCCGCCUUGUCCCCGCCCUGGGGGCGGCGGCCGGGGGCGACGCCCACCCGGAGGUGCGGGCCAACGCCCUCCACGCCCUGGGCCGCCUCGCCGCCGCCGCCGGCCCCGCCCUCGGCCCGUAUCCUCCCCACGGCCACGCCCCUUCCGGGGGCGAGGACACGCCCCCUUCCGGGGACAGGCCACGCCCCUUCCGGCAGGGGGCGGGGCUGCGGGCGCUGCUGGGGGCGGCGGCGGCGCGGGAGGGGCCGGGGCGGGUGCGGGACAACGCGUGCGGGGCUCUGGCCCGCCUGGGGGGCGCCCUGCCCCCCCCCGAGGCGGGGCUGGUGCUGCCGCUGCUGCUGCCGGCGCUGCCGCUGGCCGAGGACUGGGAGGAGGAACCGGCCGUACUGGGAUUCCUGCUGGGGCUGCGGGGCUCCCAGUUCGAACUGCUGGCCGAGCACACAGGCGAGCUGGUGCGGGUGUGCGGCAGCAUCGUGGGCAACCCCCGCCUGUCCCCCGAGGCGGAGGCGGGGCUGCGGGCGCUGCUGGGGGAGGUGGCGGCCGGGCGCCCCGAGGCGGCGGGGGAGGCGCUGGCCCGGCUGCCCCCCGACGCCGCCGCCCGCCUCCGCCACGCCCUGCGCUGGCCCCGCCCCCCGUACAGCCGCACGCCCCCAGAUACCCCCAAAGUACAGCCGCACGCCCCCCAACUACAGCCGCGACACCCCCGCUACAGCCGCGCGCCCCAAAAGGGCACCCGCACACCCCCAAAGCGCGACCAGACGUCCCCAGAUACCCCCAAAGUACAGUCGGACGCCCCAGAUACCCCCAAAGUACAGCCGCACGCCCCCAAAGGCAACCAGACACCCCCAGAUACCCCCAAAGUACAGUCGGACGCCCCAGAUACCCCCAAAGUACAGCCGCACGCCCCCAAAGGCAACCAGACACCCCCAGAUACCCCCAAAGUACAGUCGGACGCCCCCAAAAGGCAACCAGACACCCCCAGAUACCCCCAAAGUACAGUCGGACGCCCCAGAUACCCCCAAAGUACAGCCGCGACACCCCCGCUACAGCCGCGCGCCCCAAAAGGGCACCCGCACACCCCCAAAGCGCGACCAGACGUCCCCAGAUACCCCCAAAGUACAGCCGGACGCCCCCAGAUACCCUCAAAGUACAGCCGCACGUCCCCAGGUACCCCCAAAGUACAGCCGCACGCCCCCCAACUACAGCCGCGACACCCCCGCUACAGCCGCCCGCCCCGAAAGGGCACCCGCACGCCCCCAAAGUGCGACCACACGUCCCCAGAUACCCCCAAAGUACAGCCGCACGCCCCCAGAUACCCCCAAAGUACAGCCGCACGUCCCCAGAUACCCCCAAAGUACAGCCGGACGCCCCCAGAUACCCCCAAAGUACAGCCGGACACCCCCGAACUACAGCCCCGUGCCCCCAGAGUACAGCCGCGUGCCCCCAAAGGCAACCAGACACCCCCAAACUACAACCCUGCACCCCCACGGUACAGCCGCACACCUCCAAAGUACAGCCGCAUGCCUCCAAACAGCAACCAAACAGCCCCAGGUACCCCCGAACUACAGCCAGACACCCCAAAUUACAGCCGCACGCCCCCAAACUACAGCUGUGCGCCUCCAAAGGGCAACCAGAACCCCCAGAUACCCCCAAAGUACAGCCGGACACCCCCAACUACAGCCCCACACUCCUACAGUGCAGCCAGACACCCCUGA